ACGGCAUGGAAUAUGAAUAAAGAAUGAGACUUUAGUUCAAAUGAUCAAAUCCAUACAUAUGAAAUAUACCCGGAGAUUGGCAAGUAACUCGAAGAACGUGCUUUUAUUACAAAAACCACCAUUUUAUCUCGAAGAAAUCAUUCUUCGAAAGAUUGGCAUCAAUUUUCUUCAAUUCCGCUAAGGUCACGCAAUCAUGCAACAUGGGCACAGAAAGGAUUUUUACUAAAUAAAGGACUUAAACUGAACACGAUAAUCAAUGACCCGAUUGUUAUUUCCUAUAAGGAGUAAGAGGCAGAGAUUAGCCAAUCUCUUAAGAUGUUGUUCAAAAAAAUCAUUGCCCGAUCAAGGGGUUCAGGUUCAUGCAGCAACUGUGAAAAUGGGAUUUGGUUUUGACUUGAUGUUAAGCAAUGAUCUUGUAGAUAUGUAUGCAAAAUGUGGUAUAAUGGACAUGGCUUCUCUCGUGUUUGACAGAAUGAUUGAGAGAAAUGUGGUUUCUUGGACAGCGCUUAUGUGUGGCCAUUUACAAAAUGGUAAUGCCAGAGCAACAUUGUCACUUUUCUAUCAGAUGGUAUUUUCAUGUUUUAAACCAAAUGAGUUUACUUUUUCCACAAAUUUUAAAGCUUGUGGAAUUUUGAAUGUUCUUGAGAUUGGGAUGCAGAUUCAUGGUAUGUGUGUAAUAUCUGGCUUUGAUUGUGCCCUUGUGGUGGGGAAUUCUAUAGUUGAUAUGUACUCAAAAUGUGGAAGAAUCAAUGAAGCAUUGACCAUGUUUAAUGUUUUGCAAGAUAGGAAUCUUAUAAGCUGGAACACAAUUAUAGCAGGUUAUACACUUGCAGGCCAGGGUGAGAAAGCUUUAGUUUUGUUCCAUAAAAUGCAACAAAAUGGAGAAAUCCCGGACGAGUAUACAUUUACAACCAUGUUGAAAGCUUGUAGUGGUCUUCGUAAGAUUAGGGAAGGAUCAGUGAUUCAUGGUUUUUUGAUCACUAGUGGAUUUCCAUGUUCAGGAAAGGCAGCCAUUACAGGUUCUCUAAUUGAUUUGUAUGUAAAGUGUGGGAACUUGAUUGAGGCUCGAAUGGUGUUUAAUCAGAUUGCGGAGAAAAAUCUUAUAUCUUGGAGUGCAUUAAUUCUGGGGUAUGCUCAAGAAGGGAACUUGGCAGAGGCCGUUGAGUUAUUUAGGCAGCUUCAAAACAGCACCACGCAAGUGGAUGGGUUUGUUCUAUCAAGUAUGAUGGGCGUGUUUGCUGAUUUUGCACUUGUGGAGCAAGGCAAGCAAAUGCAUGCAUAUGCUGUUAAGAUUCCUUCUGGUUUAGAGAUAUCUGUGCACAAUUCAAUUGUGGAUAUGUAUCUCAAGUGUGGAAUGCUAGACGAGGCAGAAAAACUGUUCAAUGAAAUGCCAACAAGAAAUGUUGUUUCUUGGACGGUUAUGAUCACUGGCUAUGGAAAGCAUGGUUUUGGCAAAGAGGCAAUUCAUUUCUUCUACAAAAUGCAAUUGGAUAAUAUUGAGCCUGAUAGGGUGACUUAUUUGGCUAUACUCUCGGCAUGUAGUCAUUCUGGACUCAUUAAAGAAGGUGAAGAAUGUUUUUCACAGCUGUGUCGUAAUCGAUGGGUCAAACCUGGGAUAGAGCAUUAUGCCUGUAUGGUUGAUCUUCUCGGUCGAGAUGGACGCUUGAAAGAAGCCAAGGACCUCAUAGAAAGCAUGCCUUUAAAGCCAAAUGUAGGUAUAUGGCAAACGUUGCUCAGUGCUUGUAGAGUACAUGGAGACCUGCAACUCGGGAAAGAAGUAGGGCAAAACCUUUUAACAUUGGAUGGCGACAACCCUGUCAACUACGUGAUGGUUUCAAAUAUUUAUGCUGGGGCUGGCUAUUGGAUGGACUGCGAAGAAGUAAGAGAAUUAGCAAAAGCAAAGGGGUUGAAGAAAGAGGCAGGGCGUAGUUGGGUGGAGAUUGACAAGGAGGUCCACUUUUUCCAUGGCGGAGACAACACACACCCGCUGACAGAGAAAAUCCAUCAAGUACUGAAGGAGAUGGAGAAAAGGAUGAAACAAGAUUUGGGCUAUGUUCAUGAAGUGAAAUUUGCAUUGCGUGAUAUAGACGAGGAGUCCAAGGAAGAGAGCUUGAGAGUUCACAGUGAGAAGUUGGCAAUUGGUUUGGCGCUUCUCCAUGGAGGCUGGGCUGAAGCAAGAGUGAUCCGGGUAUUCAAGAACUUAAGAAUAUGUGGGGACUGUCAUGAUUUCAUCAAGUUUUUGUCAAAGAUUCUAAAGGUAGUUUUGUGUGAUUAG